GCUCAUGCUUUAAAAAGACCAGAAACCGCCAGAGCGGGCUCAAGGUCUACCAGGUACAAAAAAGGACAGCGAGGCGAAAUAAGGCCUUUAGUUCAUUCAAAUAGAGUACUGGAACCCCCGAAUUGGAUAUAACCCCUGUCCCGAGAGUUUGCACAAUACCCAUUUUUGGCCUCAAAAUGAAGAUCCUCGACUUCUCAUUACUAGCAAACGUUGUUGUCGUCGCGAAUGCCCAGGCCAAUGUCGUCGUCAAUCGCGUCGUCGACUCCUUCUCCUGGACAAAUCCCUUCGUCCCCGAUCCCACGCCGGCCGGAUUUGAAGCGAAAUGCGAGGAAACCGCCACCUUCCGCGCAACCCAGCACAUUGUGCGCGACAUAACAGAACCGUACCCGGUUGGUCUCGCACCAUGGGCUGAUUCCAUCAAAUACUUCUUCGGGGGGCGACCGUUUCCUGGUAGCUGGGAGGGCAUCGAUAGGGAUGGCACGAACCGCGAUGUCAUCUUUAUGGAAUACAAGGAUGUCCCAGAGCCUGUGAAGGAUUGGAUCCAGGAGAAGAAGAGAAACCCAGAUGACGAUGCGAAGUGGCUGUUCGGAGUGUACGACAAAUCCAAGGGGGCUGCAGAGCCGAGUACUGCGGCCGAGGGGGGAGAGAAGCCGAGUGAUGGUGAUAAGGUGAUGGUGUUUGCGGCUGGGGCGAUAUACGAGACCUUGCCCCUUUGGGUUGCGAAGGGGAGCAAGUGCGAAGACGAGCUACGAGACCUCGGCAAGUAUAGCGCCACGCCAACCGAUCAAGCCGUCGUGGCUUGGGUUGUGGACAGAACUGAACCGGAUUACGACUCCGGGAAGACGGAAAUUCAGUUUACCAUCAAGGCCACACAGUUGGUGCAGAAGGAGACGAACGACGGGGCGGCGACAGACCCGAAGGAGGAGGACAAUACCAACGCGGAAGACCCUAAGAGAUCCGCCGCGUCAGCGCAGGGCCGAGGUGGAUCGGAGACCAUCGCGGAGAACGGUGCGUUCGGAUAG